AUGCCAGACACUUCCCUGGAGGGCAUCCAUCCCACCUACAUCUACAAGGUGGUUCUGCUGGGAAGCACAUCAGUGGGAAAGUCAAGCCUGGCUUACCGAUAUGUGAGAAAUGACUUCAAGGAGUCACUGCCAACCGUGGGAUGCUCUUUCUUCACACAGACACUCAACCUGGAGGGAGCCACCAUCAAGCUUGAGAUCUGGGACACAGCAGGCCAGGAGAAGUACCACAGUGUCUGCCACCUCUACUACCGGGGCGCCCACGCUGCUCUCCUCAUUUACGACAUCACUAACAAGGAAACACUCAACAGAGCAAAGCUGUGGCUGAGGGACCUGGAGAAGGAAUUUCUUCCUGAUGAAAUUGUCAUUGCUUUUGUGGGCAACAAGACUGACCUUGCUGCUGAGCGAGAAGUUGCUACCGAGGAGGGGGAAGAGUUUGCAAGGACCAAUGGCCUCUUGUUCAUGGAGACAUCUGCAAAAUCCAACCACCAAGUAAAUGAUAUCUUUAUGGCCAUAGCCCAACAGCUCCUGCAGCAGGAACAAGAGAAGGCGUCUGCCUCGUCCCUGCAUGAGAGGUCAACAGUCAACCUAGGGGAGAGCAGGGAGAGGAUGAGGUGCUGCAAGAUCUGA